AUGUCCGAACAGGAUGCCUUGCGUUGCAUGCCUGGGAUUGAUGGCCUGCAAUGUGCGCUGUGCAAACAGCUUUUGCAAGCACCUGUCGCAGCAGGGGAUGGCUAUUCGUACUGUCGACACUGCAUCCUGGAAUGGUACCGCAUGCACGAUCGGCAGAACAGGGCUUUGGCAUCGCCGACUACGAACGAACCGCUCGCCGACAGGUUGCUAUUGCCGAAUAUAACUUUGCGAGAUGCGAUUCGUGGAAUUCAACGCCGCGCUGUACCAGCUUGGAACCAAGCUGAGACGGAGCGAGUGGCAUUGCGCCGCGAGGUUCAAGCUUUGUCGCGAAAGAUUCCAGCGAAAGACACGUUGGAUCCUCGCGUGGCCGAUGCGCAUGCAGAGGCGAACCAAUUUCGUGUUCAGCUGGCGAAUACGCAGCAGGAGGUGCAGCGGUUGCAGAUCGAGCUGGAGAGACACCAGACGGUGAUGAAGCACCGUGAUGCGUCGGCAAGGGACGUUGAAAUCCAGGCCCAUGCUGCUGGCCUCGCAGCCGAGCUGAAAUCAUGCAAGACGGAGGUAACCAGAUUGCAGGACGAGUUGGAGAAGACCAGGGGUCAGGCCAAGAACCAAGCGGAGAAGCUGGAAGGUUCACUUGUCGAGCUGCACCGAGUUCGGAUAGCGGAACAAACGUUGCAACAGGAGCUUGCGCGCAUCAAAGCGGAGUACAGUGGGAACCUUCCCCCGAAGCCGGCUCGGGAUGGGCUCGAGUUGGAGAAGGCACGGGCCGCUUUGGCAGAGAGCCUGGUGAAGAUCGCCGACCUACAGGCGCAACUGGUGACGGUGCGCCAGGCAGCUUCACCACCGUGCAGCCCCACAACUUUGGAGCUACCACCUGAGAGCUUGUUGCAAGCUGAUUUGGCGCAGAUGAAGCAGGCGCUCUCCCGGCAGGAUGCCAUUAUUGCGGACCUUCAGACGCAGAUCACGGCGGUCCGGGCAGAGCGCAGGCGAUGGCAGGACCUUUGCGAAAGAAGGGAACAGCGGCGCUUGGAAGCAGAGGAUGAAGUGCUCCGGCUGCGGAAUGAGCUGGCGACCACUGCGCGACAUAACUUGAUGCGCUCCGAACUGGAGCGUACCGCAGAGGUCGUAACGCAGGAGGCCGAGCGCUUGGAGAAGGAGCUUCUGCACGUCCAGGGGCAGCUGCAGCAGUCCAACGGCCAGCUCGCCGAAUUGGCAUCUUGCCUUGGAGUUCCAGAUGUUGAUUCUUCUGACGUCGCUCGCGACUUGAAAUCCAAGGUUCAAUCAUUGGAGGCACAGCUUCAGGAGUGCAAGGGCAAGUUGGGCGACAUAGCCAGCGCAGCGGGAGUGGAUGACGUGGAGUUGGUGCUCAGAUCGAUCGACGACUGGAAAGAGAAGGUCCAUGAGACCAGCCGUGACCUUUACAACCGAGACCAGCUUCUUGCGGAGGCAGCCGCGGGCAUUGCAGACUUUUUGGAGAUCCUGGGCCUGGGAUCGCUGGGAUUGCCCAAAGGUGGUCCCGAGGCCGCUCGAGCAGCCUUGCACGGUUUGGAUGCUGCGGAGGAAGCCGCGGCGAGAAUGGCUCGUGCUGCAAAGGACGGAUGA